GAGAAGGAUCGUGACUCUUCAGUGAGGACGGUGAACAGUUGUUGGCUUGCAAGCGAAUUUGUUGGGCGUUUUUUUCCCGUCUUUUCCGAUAUGGCCGAGAGUAAAUCGGAUCUGACCCUUUUUGUGAAGGCCUCGACCAUCAACGAUUCGGAAUUCGGAGCCGACGUGUUUGCUCAAAGGUUUAUGAUGAUGCUUGUACUGAAAGAUAUCGCCGUCGACAUCAGUCUUGUGGAUGCGGUUAAGAGUAGAACCAUGAAAAAACUACCGGCCUUGCAGUUUUUGGAGAACGACUUAAUGGAAGACCCAGCCGAAAUCGAGACCCUCAUCGAGAAAAUAUCUCCCGAUCAUCCACUGCGAAGCCAAAACGAAGAGGUGAAUCAACUUGUUUUUAAAGGCCCUGGGAGCGGCGUUUAUCACAAAUUCUGUCUGCUGGCGAAGAACGCAGAUUCUUCCACUGACGAGAGGCUAAAAGGAAUCUUAAAGGAAGAACUUAAAGCCCUUGACGAGUUCUUGAAGUCAGAGGAAAUGCCUGGGAAAUUUCUUGGCGGCGAGGACUUGUGUCUUCCCGAUUGUAUCUUGCUUCCCAAAUUGCUGCACAUCAAAGUAGUAGCAAAGGUGUUCAAAGAUUUCGAAAUUCCCGAAGAAUUCGAAGGAAUUCACAGAUACAUGAAUGCAGCUAACGACAAUCAAGCUUUCACGAGAACCUCGCCUUCAGAAGAAGUUAUCGUGGAUGCAUGGGCUCGUGCUAUGAAGGUUCCAAACCCGCUUCAGCGAAAGGCAAGAAAGCAUUGAUAGAUUAUCAUGACCAUGGCGUCUCGCAGAGAUAUCUGUAAUUAAUCUAGUCUUUUGUAGAGGUUUUCGAAUUACUUCUGUAUUUCUUGCACAACGUGUGGAAUUUUUUUUCUGUGUUUCGUGUACUAAUAUCUUCGACUUGGUACAAAACCGCCGUUCAAAAGAACAGUACACGUGUACUCAGUUGACUACCAACAUAACACUGAUUUGAAUUUAUGGCUAGCGCAAAUACUAGCUUCUAAUAGAUCUUCUGCAUACGCAGUACUAGAUUUGUGCUUGGCGGUUCAUGAAAUAAUAUAUAUAUCUUCGUUUAUUAUUCUGUCGGUAAAGUUGUAUAAGUAAGCUUAUAUGAAGUAUUCAAGUUGUCGAAAUUUAGCUUUGUUCUGGCCGUCUGAUCUAGACACAUAUUUGUUGUUUGUACUCACAGCGUUGUGGUAAGCCUAACUCAAGCUGUUUCGAUUCGGUUGAUUCGCCACGAUAUAAGGCUUUUGUCUCCUUUCAGUCUCCCUAAAGUGCCUUUUCUGGGGUAAAGUGCAAGUUCGUCGCUUGGAAACCGACCAUGGAAUACCACACAUAGCAGAACCGGUAUUAUUUUGUUGGUUUUACCGAUUUAGCUCUAGGAUAAUAGUUCUGAAACGCGUAGUUUUACUGUAGCGAUCAUCUUUCAGAGAGCUUAUGCGUGAUCCAAAUUCCUAGAGGGGGCGUCAUGGCUUGCUUUACUCGGUGUAAAGUUGACAAAACUGUAAAAGCUUAGAGCUCGCGUCACCCGAUUGAGUAUCACAUUAGCCGUGUCAUCAUCGUACACGGGUAUCGCUAAAGAUCACGAUAAUUAUGCAUGCGAGGUCAGCUGUUUAAUAUGAUCUUCACUCCUUGGCAAUGCUUUGAGGAUGAAACAAAGAUUUGUAAUAAAUAGCAGCGAUCAGGCUUAUUAGUUCCUGUUUUUGUGUUGCGUGUGUCUCAACUAACAUUUUAUUUUCUUUGGAUUAUAUUUAUAACAUAUAACUAACAGGAGCUUCGGUAUGCCUUAAUAUUUUUUGGUUGUAAUGAGUCCACAUUAUUUACUGAGUAAAAGGGCCUUGUUCACCUAUUUGUUCAGAAAGCUACCCAGAAUUUAAAGAGAUCAAAAUACUAGUUGCCACUGUUUCAUGAAUAACCUGUAUGGAAUGUGGUCCACAAUUUGUUUUAACACACAUACUGUAUGUUCUGUCAAGCUUGUCAUUCAAAAGGUCACUUUAGCCAUGUUUGUUUAAGAGUGGAAACAAAAGAACCUUUAUUUGAAGCAAGCAGGGUGGGGACAGAUGAGGAGGAAUUAAUUUUUCCUGUCAAGUCAAAUUACUUAUCAAUUCUUGUUUCUAUGUUAUUCCAAGAUUUGUUGAUUCAAGUGACAUUAAAUGAAAUAGAACAAUUGAAGAAUUGCAUUAAUUUUAAAUGAAAAUUUUGCAAACAUUUUAUAAAUCUUGCAUGAAAAAGUGGGAAUCAAGGCUUAUAAAGUUAAUUAAAUCUUGAUUGCAACUUUGUUGUGUCUUUGAAAAUGUGUCAAUGAUAAUAAUAACAAUAAUAAUAUUAAAAUUUUUAAUUUUCUAAGAAA